AUGGAUUCGGAAGAGUCAAUUAAUCUAGCCGUAAAAUUCGCGAAGGAGGCGGUUAUAGAGGAUGAAAAGAAAAAUUAUAAAGAGGCCCUAAAUUUAUAUAUACAAAGUUUACAAUACUUUAAUUUUUUUUGCAAAUAUGAAAAGAAUUCGAAUAUUAGAGAGUUAAUUUUAAAAAAAAUGCAAAUUUACAUGACUCGAGCUGAGAAUUUAAAAGAAAUGCUUAAUAAGAAAGAAACGAUUGAAACAAAAGAAAAGGUGAGUAGUUCCGAAGAAGUAAAAGAAAAUAUGAAAAAACAAAUAAAAGAUUUUAUAUUGAAUAAAGAUAAGAAUGUCAAAUGGUCAGACGUUUGUGGGUUAGAUACAGCUAAAGAAGUACUAAAAGAAGCAAUAAUUUUCCCCUUAAAAUUUCCAAAAUUAUUUAAUUCAUCGACAUUACCAUAUAAAGGUAUCUUGUUAUAUGGUCCACCAGGAACAGGAAAAACGUUCUUAGCCUUAGCUUGUUCAAAUGAAUGUAACAUGAAUUUUUUUAAUGUAUCGUCGUCUGAUUUAGUAAGUAAAUAUCAAGGGGAAAGUGAAAAAUAUAUUAAAUGUUUAUUCGAUACAGCUAAAGAACAUGCACCAGCAAUCAUUUUUAUUGAUGAAAUUGAUUCUUUAUGUGGGUCAAGAACUGACGGUGAAAACGAAUCCACAAGGAGAAUAAAAACAGAAUUUUUAAUAAAUAUGAGUGGAUUGAAUAAUUAUAAAAACAAUGUUAUAGUUAUGGGUGCUACUAACACUCCCUGGUCUUUAGAUAGCGGUUUUAGGAGAAGGUUUGAAAAAAGAAUUUACAUUCCCCUUCCAAACUUAUAUGCGAGAAUGAAACUAUUUGAAAAAUAUGUAAAUAACACUGAGAACAAGGAUCAAAUGGAGGGUAAAAACGCUGGAGCAUAUACCAGCACAAGUAAUAUAGGAAAAGAAGACAUUAGAUAUUUUGCAACAUUAACUGAAAAUUACACUGGCGCUGAUAUUGAUAUUAUUUGUAGGGACGCUGUAUAUAUGCCAGUAAAGAAAUGUCUCCUUUCCAAGUUUUUUAAACAAGUUAAAAAGAAUAAUAAAAUUUUUUAUACUCCUUGUUCUCCUGGAGACCCUGAUACAACAAAAGUGGAAAAGAACGUGAUGAGUUUAAAUGAAAGCGAACUGUUAUUGCCUCCUUUAAGUGUACAAGAUUUUAAAACUGCCAUAUCAAAUGCUAAGCCUUCUUUGUCUGUAGAUGAUUUAAACAAAUAUGAAGAAUGGACUAAGCAGUAUGGAAUGAAUGGUACAUAA